CUGCGCUCUCUCCCUACGAAAGUGUUUUGUUGGGUUUGUGUGUCCUGAAUAGUGCGGUUCUGGUGUUUUUUUGCAAGAUAGCCAUGGCUCCUAUCAUGAUGCUCAAGACUCAGUGUGCAGAAGCAACGAAGGUCAAGGCUUCAGAAGCGGAGAAGAAAUGCAAGCCUUGCUGCGUUGGAAAAAAGAUGUUCAAACCCCAGGAGCUGCCGCUGUACGGUUGUCCGGAGUGUCCCUCAAAAUUUGAUGUCAUUGAAGCAACUCCGUGCCAGCUAGAGGCUGCUGUUAAAGGAGUUCGGCUUGCGGUUACGCCCACACUUAUGGCUAUUAAGCAAAUGAGUGAUCGUGGAGUUGAGAUUGUCGACACUGCUGUAGCUCAUACGAAAUCCUCCUGGAAGUAUGUGUCCAGCGAAGGCAACACGACUGUUCGAGGAAUCGCGAUUCUUAGCGGUGGUCUGGUAGGCAUGAUCGUUGCUCGUCGUGGGUUUUUCCGGAAGUUGAUUUUCGGUUCCAUUGGAGCUACUGCUGUGGCCGCGAACGUUUAUCCUGAAGAGUACAAGAAGUACAAAACAGAGACGAAAACUGUCGUAUGCGCAACCGUCAAAACUGCUACUGGCUACGAGCUGGAUGCUGCUUUGAACAAGAUUCAGUUUCCCAAACUGUCGGAGUACAUGCCUUCAGAUUUGUCAUUCUCGUCAUUGUUUGGCAAUUCUGCAGAAAAGAAGGAGUAAUUGAAGAUUACUUACAUUUUAUAUUACCAUACAACGUAAGGUUUUUUUAAGUAAUUUAAAAAUGUUGAAGACCGAAUAAAGCUUCAUAAGUCAAACUAACGGAGUUUUAUUUGGAAUAUUUUGCCCACUUUUGUUCAUACCAUCUGUCCUGAUUUCAUUGAACUUCACGUUGGAACAAAACAAUAAAACACAUAGAUGUAGACAAAACAGGUGCCUCUAAACGUUUCUAAAAAGAAGAGACGAAAAUUCUAGGACUGGUGUUAUAUAGGAAGAUGCACCAUCAUAUAACGGCGAUCCAGAACAAGCAUUUAGAUAGUAAUAUAUCAAUCAAAGUAAUACAUAAAUAAAAAAGUUAUAAUUA